AUGGCCGCCAAUCUCGGGGCGAAAUCCCUAGCCAGUGUGCACCAUGAGGGACUGGAUGAGAUUCUUUCUGCAUUGGCGCAUUCCUACCCUGAUCACCCGAGCCAUGACACACACUCGGUAGGCGUGCCUCUUCUGGAUGCUUUACUCGAAAUCUUUGCGCCGAGAGCAUCUGCUGCGUCAUCGGAAGCUAUAAUCCCGGAAGAACGCCAGUAUCACAUUGCCCUUGGCCUGGAUCGAUCUGUCGGCCAACAGGCUCUUGAAGAUGAAGAAAUGCUUUUGCGUGAUGAAGUGCCAGCUGAUCAUGUCUACGGGCAUGAUAAAUCACAGAUGGACAUCGACCCAUCUGGUAAUUUGUUGUUCUCUGACACAAAUUCUACCAGGAAACAGAAAGUCCCCAUAGUGGAGAUUUCAAGCAGUCUGUCAGCCUCGGGAAAGUCACAGUUCCUAUACUAUCUAACGGCACUUGCCAUCUUACCAAGACAGAAUGGUGAUAUCUCAACUGGGGGUCAAGAGGCUGCCGUGGUAUUUAUAGACACUGACGAUCGGUUUGACGCCGAGAGACUAAGAACUGUGGCUCGAGGUAUCAUACUGCGGCAAAGAAGGCAAUUUGAUCCAAAUGCUCGGGUUCAAUCAGAAGGCACGGUUGAUCAUGAUCUUGAAUCAUUGCUAGCCUCUGCACUACAGCAUGUCCAUGUUUUUCGUCCGCAAUCAUCAUCUGCUCUGUUAGCGACGGUUAAUAUGCUUGACUCGUACCUUUUUGAUCUCUCGCGGCAUCGUUCGGCCUCUCGUCCCUUGCAAAUGAUUGCUAUCGACAGUGCCACUGCCUUUUUAUCGCAAGACCGGCUGCGUGAUGAAGUUGCUCGCACCAAAGAGAUAGGCCGUCCUCGAGCAGAUGUUGAUCAGGAACGCGAGCAAAAACAAAGCUUCCAUUUGUCCGACCUUUAUAACGAGAUGGCGACUGGGUUGAAGCGUCUACAGAAUCUAUUUCAAUGUGCUAUUGUGUAUACCACAACGAUCUCGGGAAAUCGAGUGCCUGGUCCUGAUCAAUAUGACGAGCCUCAGCUUCGUAUUCCAUCACUGAGACCUGUUCUCCCGGUACCGUGGGGUACCCUUCCUACGUUGCGUCUGAUUGUCCACCGAGCUUCCGUUCGCCCAUUCCCACCCAGCAUGGCAGCCCAGGCAGCUCUGAAAGAUGCUCCUUCACGACAGAGCGUGGUUCAGCAAGGGAAGAUCUCUGUAUGGGUCAAUCCGUGGGGACGCGACGCUUGGUCCCGUCAGAUAGUGGAAGCAAUUGAGGCCACCAAUGGUGGAAGCUUCUCAUUUUAUGUGCGGGACUCUGGAGUUGAGAUGACCGACCCUGAUAAUUGA